AGCAGAGGGAGUGAGAGAGUGAGAGCACUUCCAGUCAGGGAUUUUCUGCUUGCACUGUACAUGACAGAAGCGUCAUUGUAGUUUUUUGCUGUCUGGGGGCAAGCAUAUGGAUACUGGGUUAUCUGGAUUUAAUAUCCGUUACGACAUUGUAUUGGUUUUCACCGGUUUCCCUGACACGUUUUUUUGUUUCUGGAAUAAACAUUUCGAAAGCUUGCUUGCCAGCAAAUGCUUUCUCUUCCGUCUUUUCUGAGGCUCUGCAAAUGUCAGUGGAAUAAUAUAACCCAGGAAGGGAAGCAGUGUUUCUGCAGUUUUCUUCAAAAAUACGUGAUAAAUAAUUUCGUCUGAUGCAUCCAAGACAGACACGCAGUUUCCCGAUGCUUGACUUUGAGGAAGAUAUAUUUUAAAGGAUAUCCAAAACUUGCUACUUUUCCAAGGAUCUUUGCUCGCUGCUGAAAGGGGCGUAUCGUUAGCUAAGAUCAAGCAUUCCUGACGCUUUUUUUAUUCUACAGCGGCAGACCACGUUCCUUGUCUGCACCAUGCUGUAAGUUCAUUUGCUGCUGAAAGUUGAAGUGAAUGGUGCAGUUUUGCAGCUCUACCACGAGCCGUUUCCUUAAUUAUAUUUAUGUGUUUGUUAUUAUUUUGCGUAUUUAAGAAUAGAAAGGCAUCGAUUUAUACUAAGACAACAUUGCUCCGUUCACUGCCGUGCUUUCUUUGAAGGUCAGAAAUACAACGCAGUUAAGCACUGUGAAAUAUUAUAUUGAUUCUUUUUUUAAUCGUCGUAACAAUUCGAAUAGCCUACUAUUUGGUCACUUUGUUCAUUCAAAUAGUUUGAAUUGAGCACCUUACUCGUGGAGCCAUGGACAUGUAUUUUGUGUGAAACUAUUGGUACAGGCUUUGUCAAACCUUUCCUAUACCGUGAUGGCAAACGAGAGUCCCUACGAUAAUCGGAAUAUAGUGGAAAAAUACAUAUAUCACAAACUAUUGAAAAAGGGGUAUGUAUGGGAAUUCCAAGAGGCCGGGGAAAACGAUUCUCCAAAUAACGGAUUAGCGGAUAUCUCCCCCUCCAACUCUCAAGUUCUGGCACGGCGAACCCAAGCUGCCACGGAUGGAGAGAACGUUUCCCCUUUUCCCAACCGACUCCAGCAACCCGACCCUCACGCCGCUCUGCAUCGUGUUUUGCGUGAAGCAGGGAAUGAAAUUGAAAGGAUGUAUCUUCGGGACUUUGCUGAAAUGUCAGACCAGUUGCAUUUCACACCAAACACGGCACAACGCAAGUUUACAGCGGUCGUUGAAGAACUGUUCAGCGAUGGAGUGAACUGGGGUCGGAUCGUGGCGUUCUUCGAGUUUGGAGGAACUAUGUGUGUGGAGAGUGUGAACCGCGAGAUGACGUCCCAGGUCGAUAGCAUUGCACACUGGAUGACGGAUUAUCUGAAUGGACCCCUUCACAUCUGGAUCCAAGAGAAUGGUGGCUGGGAUGCCUUCGUGGAGCUGUAUGGUCAGCAGAGAGAGUCAGUGUUCCACUGCUCCUGGCCGUACAUAAAGACGGUUUUUGGCUUGGCUGCCCUGGGGGCCGCGGGAGUCACCAUCGGAGCCUAUUUCACACAGAAGUGAAGAAGCCCAGGAGCUCCGUUGUCUUUCGAAGCACCACGCUGAAGAGCACCGGCCACCGGCCGUCACCCGGCACUCUCUCUCACGCACGCACACGCGCACACACACACGCGCAAGCACACAGCCCUUCCAAGCCUUCAGUGAUCCGACAUAGUCUCUGAAGCCUGCUGUGGCACAUACUGAGAAAGCAAAACACACACAUACAUACAUACAUGAAAAAGCAAAUCCACUGCCUUUAUGAAAAUGUUGCAAAAAAAGAAGAAAAGAAUAUGAAAAAAGUUAAGGGUUCUGUUGAACCAUGUGGUCAUGGGUUUUGAUGUGUUUUGUACUAUUUUUAGCAUGAGUCUGUGAUACAUGUAUGUAACUCUGGUGUGAAUGUACAUACUCUCUUACUCUUGGCCUUGCAGAGGGACUGUAGCAUGGCGGUUCUCCGUGCAUUCCCGCUCAUGGGAGGCUCAGGAGUUGCUGUGACUCUCCUUGUGGAGCUAAGUCAGAAAGUUUAGGUGCGGAGCGGGGGGGCCUGUUUGAACCUGGCGGUUCCCCCGUAGAGGACUCCGAGUUGAACGGCACAGAUGUUCUGAAUUUAUCAUUAAAGGGCUUGUUUCCGAUUUGCUGCAUGGAAAUGCCCAUAAUUUUCAAGUACAAAGAGCAUCGCUAAACUUUCCACGUUGGCUUUUGUGAGAGUUUUCAAUAACAGAACCCUCCUCUUUCUUACAUUUUUUUUUCUUUGUUGGUGUCAUCAUAGACAGUUCAUUUCUUUCAGAGUUUGGGAAGCGCUGCUUUACUCUCAAAGUUUCUGGGAUUUCUUCAUGCAUUACUUGAAUGUAUCUGUGCCAGUUUGAAACUCCUAGCUGGGUUCCCUCUCUCCUAACUCACUCACUUCAUGCGUUUUUGACCCGACUAACACAAAGUCCUGUUGAUCUGGACUGAUUUGUUGGAGUGGGAAGAUGACCAGCCAAUAAGCAAAAGGAGGAAAGUGAGGGACCAAUGCCCGCAAGAAGCUUCUGCGUUUUUUUCCUGCUGAGCAAUCUUAAAGAAAACCCCAUAGUUUUAACAUAAUUUUAAUAAUGAAUCUUCUGAAAUACUCAAAGCAGACUUGUGGAGACAGGCUAACUUACCAUUAUGCCGGAAACAUACCCUACGCAAGUACGCAAACGCAAAUGACAAUGCCUGAUUGUACAUACUUAACGUGCGCUCUUAUGUCCAAGUGGAGGUAUUAAACCCGAGUGCUCAAGCGGGCAAUCCAGGACAGUUGUGAAAGAAAAAAUCACAAUUUGAAGGGGCUAUAAUGCCCCUUGCUGCAAUGCUUGAAGAAUUGCAUUAUUUCAGGUGACCCAUUUUAGAAUGCGACAACGUGUUUAGAAACCAACUUUGCGUAGCUCAAAGCGUACUUAUGUAGGGUUUGUUGCGGGCCUUAGUACUCAAAACAAGCUAGUAGAGCCAGGCUAACCUUACCAUUAGUGCUCAAAACAUACUAGUGUGGCCAAGCUAACCUUAACAUUAGCACUCAAAACAAACUAGUGGAGUCUGGUUGACAUUACCAUUAGUGCUCAAAACAAACUAGUGUGGCCAAGCUAACCUUAAAAUUAGCACUCAAAACGAACCAAUGGAGUCAGGCUAACCUUACCAUUAGCACUCAAAACAAACCAAUGGAGUCAGGCUAACCUUACCAUUAGCACUCAAAACGAACCAAUGGAGUCAGGCUAACCUUACCAUUAGCACUCAAAACAAACCAAUGGAGUCAGGCUAACCUUACCAUUAGCACUCAAAACAAACCAAUGGAGUCAGGCUAACCUUACCAUUAGCACUCAAAACAAACCAAUGGAGUAAGGCUAACCUUACCAUUAGCACUCAAAACAAACCAAUGUAGUCAGGCUAACCUUACCAUUAGCACUCAAAACAAACCAAUGGAGUCAGGCUAACCUUACCAUUAGCACUCAAAACAAACCAAUGGAGUCAGGCUAACCUUACCAUUAGCACUCAAAACAAACCAAUGGAGUCAGGCUAAACUAAAAAGGCAACAAAAUGAGACCAUCAGUAAGGCUCUCUUUUUCAGAACCAGGUGAGUCUGGAUUUGGGAUUUAAGAAGGUAGUGAAGGUGGGUUUGAUAGGAGAGAAUUGGGGGGGGGGAGUGAGGGUAGUAGAGGGGUUGCUGGAUAAGGUGGAUGCCUGAGACAGAGGACACAGAAAGCGAUUGAGAGGGAGGGAAGGAGGGAGCGAAAUAGGGAAUGCAGACAGCUGCUAAUCAUCACGUUGCAGGCCCUGAUUAUGGAAAUGUGAGCAGACGAGAGCCAACCAGAGAGAACAGGGUGUUUAUUGAGCCCCGCUCCAGAUGAGGUUCAGGGGCUGACCUGGGACGGGUCCACAGUAAGCCCGCAGAGCUUCUGUCCACAGGUGCUCUCCGUCUGCCCCUCCCUCCGCUUCCCUUUAUCUUCCCUCCUUCCUGUCUUUGCGAUAGCGUUUCUGGUUUCAGGCCAGGCUCCCAGGUUCACCAGCGCUGUCGUUACCUGGGCGAUGCUGCUUCGGCCAAUAGCUGAAGGUUUCCAGCGGCCCAGCCCACCCAUUUGCCAAACGCCCCCUGUGAGCCCACAACCCCAGCUUCACUGCAUCUGUUCCUGAUAGACCUGGUCACCAACUCAAAUAUCAGACACUAUACCUGGUUUGGGCUACUGGUUCCAGCAGGGCUGAUCCACAGGCUCGACUGUGUCAGCGAUCCCCGUCUCUCUGGCGCUCGGGGCUGACCUGGCCUCGCCGUUUCUGCCCGGUGCCGGCAAUUUCCGUUGUUAUCGUCACUAAACGCUUGUUUGGGUGCUGCGAGAGGGCGAUUCGGACCCAAGGCUUCGCAGGAAGGUUGGAACGAGGUCAGGGUUUGAUUGCGAAACCUUGCUGCUUUCUCUUCUCUUUUUCUCUCCCUGCUGUAGACAGUUUGGGGGGGGGGGGGGGGGAUGUGGACUGCGGUGGGGGGGUUGUUUUACCGGAUGAGCCCAGACAGACAGACACCUGCUGCUGUGGGAUGGAUCUGUCCCAGUGCAGCAGGAGCAGGAAACAUAAUCCCGCCGCGCGCCUGGCCUGUCUGCGCCGCUUCCGCCCCGGGGACGGCCUGAUCGAUGGCCUGGUCUCUAAUAGCAACGGGGCCAGGCCGUGGAGGAGAGGGGCGCCGGGCACUGUCCCAUUUCGUGUGGUCGCUCCCUGGGUGCCGCACGCUAAUAUGGUUACUGUUUUGUUUCGGUUUUUUUUUUUACAUCAUGCGUGUUACUCGUCGACAGAGUCACGGUUGAUGCUGGCAGAUGUUUGGUGGGUAUGGCAGCGCGAGUGAGCUUGGGCGGCGGUUCUGAGUUCUUCUCCUUGGAGGGUUCUGGCGGUUCAGGGCUUUCGAGCGCAGGCGUUUCUGCAGGACCGGGCCUGUCUGUGGCCUCGUCCCCGCUCUCACUGUCUGACUUGGUUUAACUUCUCACUUCCUUUAAAUCAUAUUUCUGAACAUUUCUUUAAAUCCCAGCUGAAAGUUAAAUUUGCUAUACUUAAGAGUAAUUUGUGCUUUUUUUGUUGUGUUUUUGGGGGGUUGGGAGGGGGAUGGGGGGAUUAGACAGGUUAAUUAUUGGAGGAAAUUACUCUCUAUCUGGGAGUGGAAUUUUACACAAUAAUUUUUCUUUCUGUGUGACUUGACUGUGCAUGAAUUUGACUAAUAGACUGUUUGUAUUUCUUACUGUUCCUCAGUCACCUUAUAGCAAUGAUAGCACCGUCAAAGACAGUAGACUAAAUAUACCACUUCAUUCUGUUUCCCCAGAAUUUAAAUGGUGUGGUCAUGUUUUUUUCUCUUGCUGUUGUUUCUGCAUUUAGUGUAGCUAACUGAUGUCUUGCGACAUUUUAUCACUGCCCAUCACUUCUUACAAGUUUACAUCUGCGUAUUCACAUAUUAUGGAAAGUAUAAAAAAAUGAUAUACAUGUUAACUAAGGUUUGCCGAGCUCCUUGUUUAUGUGUUUUAAUUUAUUUUAAGGUACCAAAAUACGCAUUAACUUCUCUGACAGCACCAAACUAUGGAACGUGAGCACUUACUCUGGAUAUUCACUUAUGAGAUGGAGGCGGGAGGUGCUGGACACAUGGAAGUCUCCCACAGACUGUUCUGAAAUAUUAUUUUUUGUUUGUGAGUCUUGGAAUUCGCACUAUAGCAAUGAGUAGUUAUUUGCAGCUGCUGAUAUAAAUGAACAACAUUGACUGCGUCUUUAGGACGAAAAAGGAUGAAGACAGGUGUUUUUUUAUAAUGUUUAAAGCUGCUGCUUACGAUGUGGAAUUACAGCUAAAAUACUGCCACCACCGGAGCAUUGUGUCUGUCCUUACUGUUCAGGAAAAAAAAAAACAUACAUACAAAAAAAACAAAAAAAAAAAAACAAAAACAUGAUGUCUCAUAGACGUAACCUCUUGUACCCAAAUGUUUCCUGCUUUUUCUUCAAAAGCAAUAUAAUGGCAAGGGGGGGGGGGGGGGCUUGAAGGAAGAGGAGAGCUUCGCAACUGACGCCUUUUAUUUCCAUGGAAUGAAUCAACGAGGAAAAAAGACUCAAGUGUUACGACGUGGGUCACGGACACAGGAGCAGUGCUGCGCUCUUUUAAGGAGGAUCUUUUGUCGAGGGGCGAGGCGGUGCUCUCCCUGAGCGGGAACUCUUCACUGAACGGAGAGGCCGUGCACUAAAGGAUGCAGGCAGGAACCUUGUUUUGGCGUCCUUUACAGGGAGAAGGAUGCACACACCCAGACACAGGACCCAGUGAAAAGGGGUCUCGUGGUGGAGUCCGCCCCUUGCCGCUGCACGGUUUGUGUUCUGGGGGUGGGGGGAUGAAAGAAAGAGCUACGUGUGCAGAAAGAAUCUCUGAACCUUUUUAUUUCAUUUUAAACUUUAUUUCUCUCCUACUUCAAGGAUGUGACUACAUUCUGUUAAGAGGGAGCCUUCAGAAAGAGAGAGGGGUGUGAGGAAUUCCAUAGGAAGGGUUGUUACGAUAGGCGAUGAUGAUAGAAGAUGUACAUAUGUAUAAAGGUGAAUGUAGAGCAUGCUGAUUGGUCUCUUCAGAAUAUAAAGUGGCCGGGCCAUCGAAGGGCAGUCUUCAGGGAGGUGUCGGCUGGCCCAUAGCUAUCUCUUUAAACAGCAGCCGUAGUUUUGUAGUUUCAGCCGCGACCCGCGGUUCGGGUCACGUGUUCUGUCGCGCGUCGGCCCUGUCUCGUCAAAAACGUCUGCAUUGAUGAAUGUCGAGUGUUUCGUCUUACGCAAACUGAUUUAGUCAAGCAUUUAAAAAAAAAAAAAAAAAAAAUUGCCUCAGUUUGUGUUGCUGCACUUAAGACGCCGAUCUGUUCCGAUUCAUAGCUUCUGUCCUCCUUUUUGAGUUUGUGUUUUUUGUAUUCGUCCCAUUACAUUGUCUAUGACUGGAUUAAAAUGGGCUCCCUUGAGUUGCCUUUCAUUUGCACAUGCAAGCAGGUAUAUUUAAAACAGAUUAGCUAUGACCGGCUAUCUUAAAGUAGCAUUCAGAAACUGUCAUUCAGAAAUGUUUUUUUAAAUUUUUGACAGCCGUCUCCCAUAAUACACAGCACAGGAGCACAACCCCUGGAGGGCUGGUGUGUGUAGGUUUUUGUUCCAAUAACAUAUUGCAGCUUCAUUUCUGAAACAGUUGCAUAUGCGAUGCUGGUUAACUCCUGCGUCGGACCACAGUAAAAUCUUUUCACCAAGAAUACAUCAUAGAUAUUAUGUGCAGGCUGGGGCUGUAGCUCUGCUUUGACUUAGUCAAAGAACUUUUAUCAAACAAACGAUUGGGCUAAUCGCAUAAUAAGGAGCCAAAGCUGGCAUGAAAUGGGCCAUCAGUAGAGGUUUUUAAUGUCCUUUACCAAUACUGAAGGCCUUUCCAUCAGUUUCCAUUAUUCAGCUUUGCAUUUCUGCCCCGUGAAAAGAGAGGUGACCUUUAGAAUGAUCGUGAUUAAAAAAUAAUCAUAGAACAUGUUUUUUUAAAAUAUUUAACUAGACUAAUUACUAUUCAAAUUGCUAUUAUAUAAGCUGAAAUAUUAAAGUUGAGGGUGCCAGGCUGAAAACAGUGCAGGUUACUCUGAUGACAAGAAAAUGAUUAAUUCACUGCAGUGUCGGGGGAAACGUUCCGAUUCCUCGCCAAGAACAAAAGCAAGGCUUUCACAGGAGGAGGCAGCUAAGAGUAUCCGUGCUCAUCGUCUGUUAAAUCUGACAGUAUCAAUUUUCUUUAAACAGAAAAAGGGCACAGAAACGGUUAUUUAUAUAAAAUUAAGGGGGUAAUAUUUUACAUUCGGAUAUUAAUUAUUUAUUCCCAGAGUAGCACACAUUGAUUUUUUUUAUUAAACAAAUUUGUAUCAUUAUUUUUAUUUGUGUUAAAAAUUUAGGAUUGGUGAGCUGCUUUAUAAUAAUAUUCAGAGCUUAUAUUAAUUUUCAUUUUAAUUGUAUAAUUAUCUGUAUUCUGAAUGUCUCUUCAGUCUUGUCACUUUCCAUUGUAGUAUUCUAUAAAAGCCUGCAUUAUUCUGUAAGAUAUACAAUUUCUACCAGUUUUGAUUGCAAUUUUCUUGUUCUGUCAUCUUGCAAAUCAUGAGUUUAAAUGUUUCCUUUUCUCUAUAUAAUGUAUCCAUGUCAUAAGCUAUUAGAAAUGUAUUCAAAUUAAAUGAAACUUGGCCUUCUAA